AUGCAAACCGUUGACGGUUCAGGCCGUGUAUCACCUGGCACCACCCGACAACUCGGUGACCCAUUUGUCGAGCAUCGUUGUGAAAUACAAAAGACAAUGGACGAGACCACGAUACCAAUUACCGCAGCUCAUUAUAACACACGAGCGAAUCAGCGCUCUCGGAUUGACAGGCCACAUAGACCGUCAACCGUAAGUCUGACUCCAUCAACUGUGACCUACACUCCUACAGAGGGACAGACUAUCCCCACCAUCACGUGUUCUGCUGACUGUAACCCGGCCUGUACCUACAGCUGGACAAAGGAAGGACAAUCCAUUACAACAGGGUCAGGUCUCCAACUCAACAACAUACAGCGUGGUCAGGGGGGCGUGUACAGGUGUACGGCCAGCAAUGGGCACGGGAGUGACGUCAGCGUCACCAUCAACGUCAUUGUAAAUUAUGGUCCAAGUACAUCCAUAGCUCUAUCCCCGUCCGACACUACCUACACCAGGACAGAGGGGGACACGUUACCGGACAUCACCUGUACAGCGGACUGUAGACCUGGCUGUACCUUUGUCUGGACACGACCAGACAACACCAACUUUACUGUCUCACCUGUGUUGUCACUGGGACAACUGGUCAGAUCAGAACACGGGACGUACAUGUGUGCUGCCUGGAAUGUUUUCGGGGAGUCGACUCUAAGAACAAGUGUUGCUGUACAGUGUAAGUAUACGAGGCUAACAUAG